AUGACACAAGGAAAACCUUUGGAUCUGUAUUGUAAUAUUUGGUUUUCCAAAGGAAUUGAACCGAAAGUCAUAAAAGCAUCACAUAAAUACAUCUGGAACAAAGACUGGAAGUGGAAACCACAUUUGCUUAAUCCAUAUUUGUUUAGUUGUACUUUACCAGCAAAUUGGAUGAUGAAUAAACAAGGACAUUUCCCGAAAGCUGUUUCUCUAAUUGGGGAAAGGUGUCAGAGGACUAGUAAUCUUCUAAAAGUGAAUCACCCUGUGAAAAUUUUAGAAGAAAAUGAAAAAAAUGAUCAAAAUGAACAAAAUGACUUAGAAAAUUUUUCUGAGACUAAAACAAAAGAUUUUAUGGUUUGUGUUAAAGGAUUAGAUUAUCCUGAAGACAUUUCCUAUAAAUUAAUAGAAUGGAUUGAAUUGAUCAGACUUUUAGGCGCUGAUAAAAUCCAUUUUUACAUUUUAAACGUGCAUGAAAACGUCGCUAAAGUUUUAGGACACUACAAACAAGUCGGAUGGAUAAUAACCGAAGGUUUAUCAAUUCCAGGACCUUCAUUACCAUCAUCCAAAAACCGCCCACAAAAAAAACGUCAUGAAUUAAUCCCAUACAAUGAUUGUUUCUAUAAACACCGUGAAGAUUACAAAUACGUAAUCCUCCUAGAUGUCGACGAAAUAAUCAUGCCUAACAUAGGAACAUGGAAGGACCUCAUCGCCAAAAUGCAAAAUUUAAAUCCUGAUAUAAUCGCAAGUACAUUCUCAGUCCCAAAUGCUUACUUCUUCGAUGAAACAUUAAAAAACAACGCUUUGGACAACCCUGAAACUGAUUCAAAACUACAUAUGUUAAGGACAUUACACAGGACAAAGAAUAUAACACAACCGUCACUUUUUAUUAAAGGAUUUCAUAACGCAAGUGAUGUUGUAACAGUGCAUAAUCAUUUUCCAAUUGAGUGUGCACAUGGCAAGUGCACCGAGGUGAAAAUCCAUGAAGACAUCGCCAAGUUGGCGCAUUAUCGAAGUUGUCCUGUGUUACUAGGAGAUAAAUGUCAUGCUCUAAUAGAGGAUUAUGUCAAGGAUGAUGGCAUACUUAGAUUCAAACAUGAUUUACUCCGAAAUAUUCAAAAAAGCGUCAGGGAUAUAAAAUUAUCUUAA